ACCUACUAUCUGAGUGGGAAGACAUCAGUUGUGCAACAGAGGGGUAAUGUACCACAAUGAUCGGAGGACGAGCUUCUUUCAUUCUUCUAAGUACAUUGGCUGUGAUUCAAACCCUUGACGUUCCUCCUAAGAUCUCUUUGACUGAGGUUGAUCUUGGUGAUAGCGUGACUCUGACAUGUAAACCCUCUAAACAUUACUCUGGGUUGUUUUACUGGUUUAGGAUGAAAUUUGGAUAUAUGUUUGAAACAGCUGCUAUGGGGACUUUUCAAACAGCAUCACUUCAAGGACAAUUUAACACCUCAAAAUUCAAAGUGGAUAAGGACCAUUCUCUCACCAUAAGAAAUGUGAGCAAAGAAGAUGAAGCAAUGUACUUCUGUCAGGCAGGAGCAGCAUAUCAGAUGUCAUUUGUUAAUGGCACACAUUUAGCCGUAAAUGAUCCUCAAAAUAAGCAGAAAACUGUGGAACAGAGUUCAGAUGUGGAGUUAGUCUCGCUGGGCAACAAGAUAAACCUGCAAUGUUCAUUUCUCUUGGAGAACAAAGAGAGUCCACGUCAGUGUCCAGAUGAAGACAGAGUCUUCUGGUACAGAGCUGGAUCAGAAUCUGAUCCAGGCUUCAUUUAUGCUGACAAGUCCAGCUGUGACAAACAAUCAGGAAGAAGAUGUGUUUCACGUCUGUCCAAAAUUAUUCAGAACCCCUCAGAUGUUGGAAAUUACUACUGUGCCGUGGCCACGUGUGGAGAGAUCCUGUUUGGAGAAGGAACUAAAGUGGAGAUAAGACAAGAAUACUUGUUUGUCACUGUGCUUGGGGUCCUGUUGGCUUGCAGUGUACUUGUGAAUGUCAUUCUGAUUAUCACCAGAAUAAUCCAAAAGCCAGCUUGUGAACUUUGCAAAGAUAAACGAACAGCUUCCGGUUAUGCUGAACAGAAUGGACCAUCUUCUGAUCAACCAAGCAACAUGGGUGGCGAAGAAGCUGGAAUAAACUAUGUUGCGCUGGAUUUUCCAUCACGAAAAGCUAAAAGAUUGAAGAAAAACAACAGGGAGUUAUCUGGGAACUGUACUUAUUCAGACAUGAGAGACUAUCAGUAAAAGAGGGAGAUGUUGUGCAGGUGCAGGAUCCUCUUUAAUGGUAGCAUCUUAGAUGUAAAAUAUGACCACAGAUGUGAUUCCCACAGGUAAAUUACAUAUUUAUUUUAAGAGCAGAUAAUAUGUUUAAUGCAAAGUUAGCUUUGAUGAGACAGUUGGGCAUAAAGAGCCCCUGAAUAUUCUGAAGUUUUAUAAAAUUUGAUUUUCUACUGUUAUCUCUGUGUUUUUAUUAUCAUUUUCUAUAUAACUCAAUAAAUAAAUAAAUAAAUCUUGCAUUAAAUUAUUCUCCUA